AAUAGUUUUCAAAUCAACUGCCGACACCGCCUCUCCGAGCGAGUUCCGGUCUGCGCCGGGUGUCAUUGAAAACGCAUCCUGUGUCAUGAAACUUACUGACUGUUGGUGUGUGAACUUCCUGUCGCUGGCAUCUUCUUGUUCUCCAACCUCACCGUUGCUGUGGAGUUGAAUAAGUCAGCGAAAUGUCUUCAGCGCAGACAUUUUCAGGUAAAGACCCAACCCAGCACAAGCGUGUGUCUGUUCAGUCCAAUCCUGGAUUCCUGGAGCGAUUAGGUGAAACUGCAGGAGGAACAGUUGUUGGUGUCGGACUUUUUUUCCUCUCCAUUUAUGUUCUCUUCACCAAUGAGGGACGGGCUCUGCAAACAGCCUCUUCGCUGGAUGAAGGUCUUUCACAGGUUGUGUCGUUGGGGCCUUUCUCCAGCCUCGAUCUACAGAACAACAACCAUUUGGUUCACCUGUCUACACUGCUGCGAACCUCACAGCCGUUGCAUGACCCCAACUAUGGAGUGGUGGUGCAGGCGGUGAAGCUGAAGCGAGAGGUGGAGAUGUAUCAAUGGGUGGAGUACCAUGAGAGCAAUGACUACCAAGAAGACGGUGAGACCAAAACUGAGACAACAUACACAUACAACACCGAGUGGAAAUCAGAGUUGAUCAACAGUCGGAAUUUUGAUAAAGAAAUCGGUCACCAGAACCCAAGCGCCAUGGCGGUGGAGAGUGUCACAGUGGUGUCUCCCGAAGUCAGAGUUGGACCUUUCAUUCUGUCUAAAGGCCUGGUGGAGCAGAUUAAUAACUUCCAAACUCUGAGCUUGAGGGAUUUUAAUGCUUUUAACUUGGACCCUUUUCUCAGCAUUGAUGACGAUUACUUCUAUCACACUCAGUACCCACGCAGGCCAGAGGUUGGUGAUGUGCGUGUGAGAUUCUCCUUUGCUGGACUGAGCGGUGAGACGUCUCGCUUCGGCCCGGCUCAAACCGUCAGUAUUGUGGCCAUGCAGAGAGGGGAGCAGCUCAUGCCUUUCAAAACCCAGUCAGGAAACAGUCUGGAGAUCCUGUAUCUGGAGGAGCUCUCCGCAGAGGAGGUUUUUGCAAAAGAACAUCAGUACAACAGUAUGAAGACAUGGGGACUUAGGGCUGCAGGCUGGGCACUCAUGUUCCUGAGUAUUCAGAUGGCCACACGCAUCAUCUACACAUUGGUGGAUUGGGUUCCUGUUCUCAGAGAGCUCGUGUCUGCGGGGCUGAAGAUCUUCGCCCUGUGCAUCUCCUGCUCUCUCACUCUUCUCACUGUCGGGGUGGGUUGGCUUUUUUACAGACCAUUAAUGGCUGCAGCUCUGCUAGCAUUCGCUCUGCUUCCAGUGUUUCUCGCCCGCUCGGGACUUCCAGCCAAGAAGAACGAAUGACUAGUGAACUGACGACACUUUCUGGUGGGUGGCUGUAGCCGUCCACCUGAGAUGUGAGACAGUGUUGUGUUCAGGUUUGACCACAUCAGGAUUACAAACCACUUAGUAUUUGCUUUCUUGGUUAACAUAGACUUUCUAUGGUAAUAAAUAUAUUUUUGUUCUCAUUGGUUGAAUCCAAAACACAUCUGUGUUUCAGUGGACUUAAAUUUAAUAUUUUUUCAUGAAUAAAUCACAGUGUGCAUUGCUUGAAAAUAUGUUUGGAUGAAAAGAAAUCUUGUUACAAGACGAUGUCCAAUCAGAUAACCUUCAGACCUCAAGUGCUAUCAGAUGUGGCUUUUCAAAGGAUUCAUCCACCCAUAAGCUUCACUUUGUUUUCACAUCAUUUUUGUUGCUGGACAAUGCACAGGAAAACCUUUUUCAUCUUUAUGUUUUGUUGCAACAUAACAUUAGUGUAGUUUCAUUUUUACUGUAAAUACAAUUCAUCAAAAACUCCAUGAAAAACUUGAAACUUGAACUCAGUUACCAGUUUAUUGGGUACAGGUAGCUAAAACCAAUGCAGUCUUGUACACCAGUCUUGCAGUAAAUCUUACCUUCAUGAAGGCGUGUUCAGUUUUAGUUGAAACUGUUUUAGAAGAUAGGGUUUGAUUGAACUUUUGUUAAUCUUGAGAGAAUGGAGAUUGUGGUGCUGUUGAUUGUAAUCUGUCAUACUGAUGGGAUUCUAAUAUUUUUAUUCAUAAAUGAGGUGGACACAAUAUUUUACUACUGAACAUUAUAACCUUCAUGAGGUUAGGAUUUAUAUUACAGGGCCGUUUGGAUUGCAUUAGUUUUAGCUACGCGUUACUGUGAAUUGGCAAGAGAACAGGGUGUACUGUAUGGUCCUCAUGUAAAACGAAAGCCUUCAUGUAUCACACAUUUCCUCCUUAACAACACUUGAGGAAACAUUGUGUUGCAUGUAUAAGAUUCAUCGGAUCAACAGAGAUUUGUUCAUAAUUUGAAACCCAAAUGCCUUAGAUGUGUAAACAUUAAUUAAAAUUUAUGUGAUGAAUGAACAUCAGUGCUUUCUUAAAGCACUUUGGACAAAAAGACUAAUCUUGGUAAAAUACCAAAGGCCUGUGGAUCUGCAAUUGUUUUGUAUUGUUUAUAAGCAACAUGUUAAAUAAAGCACUUUUUGUGUGUAUUAACCUCAGAAC